AUGAGUUACGUUAACCCCAUCAUCCCGGGGUUUAACCCCGAUCCAUCGAUUAUUCGCGUCGGUAAAGACUUUUUCUUGGUCACCUCCACAUUUGAAUACUUCCCUGGAGUUCCCAUUUACCACAGCCAAGAUUUGAUUCAAUGGAGAUUGAUUGGUCAUGCGUUGACACGAACCAGCCAGCUUCAAAUCCAUACUCCAGAACCCGGAGGAGGCGUAUGGGCAACCACAAUUCGUUAUCAUGCGGGGGUUUACUAUAUCAUGGCUGCAAGCUUCCAGCGCUACCGUCCUCAACAGGAUGACCGAGUUUGGCCACAGGGAUUUUACGUCAAAACCACUGAUAUAUGGAAUGAUAAGACAUGGUCUGAUCCAAUCUAUUUUGAUCAAGUUGGGUUUGACCAAGAUCUUUUCUGGGAUGAUGAUGGAACCGUGUAUUUAUCGUCUACCUACCGAAAGACCCAGCCAACUGCUGGUGCUAAGUUGAAAGAUUUUGCGAUUCAUAUAUGCACCGUUGAUCUGGCCACUGGGCAUUCGACCUCUGCACCUAAAUUGAUCCGGGAGUCCUCUUCUGGUGUUUCCGAGGGAUCACAUAUUUUCAAACGCGGUCGUUAUUGGUAUUUGUUUACAGCAGAAGGCGGCACUGAAAGUGGCCAUAGCGAAUGGGUGAACCGCAGCGAGGUCGGUCCAUUGGGACCGUGGGAGCUUGGACCAAAUAACCCUCUCUGGCGCAAUGGCGUUGAGGACGAAGUGCAGAACACUGGGCAUGCUGACCUAGUUGAGGAUACCAAAGGACAAUGGUGGGCUGUUGUUCUCGGCGUUCGUCCUGUAAGAAAGGGAGAUACGUGGGAAGAAUCAGUACUAGGCCGAGAGACAUUUCUAGUUCCUUUGGAAUGGAAAGAUGACUGGCCUGUGAUCAAUGGAGGCCAGAAAAUCAGUCUUAACUCCUAUGGCCCUGGUCUUUACGAAUUCAAUAUCGCGGUAUCUUGGAGAGAUGAAUUUUCAGAGACACAAAUGCAAGUUGGUUGGUAUCGAAAAAACACGCCCUUCGUAAAUGAUUACUCACUUACGGAGCACCCCAAUCACCUUCGUCUCUAUGGAGGGCCUUACAAUCUGUCAGUGCCAGCCAGCCCAACCAUGUUCCUUCGCAAGCAAACCCACCGGCACUGCAGGUGGCAAACGAUGCUCUCCUUUCAGCCGACAGUAGAAGAAACCGAGGCUGGCACAGUGGUCUGGUUGAACUAUUUUACAUAUAGCAGCAUCGGUAUCAGGAAGGAUAGCAAGGGCCGCUUUAUCCGUUUUCGACCAUCAGAGGGUGACAUGGUAGAGCACAGAUUGGAUACGAACACUGCUGUCACUCUCACAAUUGACUGUGGCACUGAGUAUCGAUUUGGGUAUCAUGAAGAUACAGAGUCCGACAUCCACUGGAUUGGGUCAGUUUCUAACAGUGCUGCUACGGCCGCACCUCCAGUUGGUGCCAACUUUACUGGCAUGAUGCUGGGGCUGUAUGCAUUUGGAGAGCGCCAACGAUGCCUGGCCCCAGCAGAUUUUGCUGAUCAUAUAAUCUCCGUCUCCGAUGACGCAGAGCAAGUGACGGACGAUUGGUCUGGAUUGACAGACCCGAUCGAACGCCGUCGGCGACAAAACCGCAUAAACCAGAGGGCUUACCGAAAACGCAAGCGACUAGCUUCAACCAAAGAUGUCCACCCUAAGAGCCUAGUACCAUCCCCCCAUUCAACCCCUACCACCCAAUUACAAAACCGCCCUUCCCAAGACAACCCGCCAGUCCGUCUCUACCGCAAUCAUGAAACUCUACAAGAUCUAUUGGAAAAAUUUGCCAAGUCGGCGUAUGAAAGCUAUAUACGAGGAAUUCCGACCGCCGAUCAUCUCAUAACGUUGACUAGGGUUAAUGUCUUUCGAGCAUUCACCCACAACUUGCGGUUGAUCGGUUCGUCAGAGAACUGGAUGGAUGAUGACGCUAUUUCACCGUUCAAUACAGCUUUGCCACACAACCCUUCCACCCCGGACAAUACCAGCCUCAUUCCAGCCAACCUACAACCCACCCGAAUUCAGAAAACAAUAAAGCAUCACCCAUGGCUGGAUUUCUUUCCCUUCCCUAAAAUGCGCGAUAACCUUAUCGAAGCUGAGGAUAACUGGGAUGACGCGCAGCUCUGUCACGAUAUCAUGGGUUUCUGGGGGGAGUCGACAAUGGAUACAGGGCUGCUUGUGUGGGGGGAGCCUUGGAAUAUGCAAAAUUGGGAGGUGACCGAGUCGUUUCUGAAGAAAUACCAAUGGGUUGUUCGAGGGUGUCCUGAAUUGAUGAACGCGACAAAUAGUUGGCGUGCCCGUCGAGGGGAGAAGCUAAUAUUUCGCUAUAUCUGA